AUGGCCUUCCCCGGGUCGGAUCGUCGCAUCGCGGGAUCGUUGCAGGGACAAUCUGAAAGGUUGCAGGGACAAUCUGAAAGGUUGCAGGGACGAUCUGAAUGGUUGCACGGACAAUCUGGAAGGUUCCAGAGACAAUCUGGAAGGUUGCAGGGACAAUCUGAGAGGUUGCAGGGACAAUCUAAGAGGUUGCAGGGACAAUCUGAGAGGUUGCAGGGACAAUCUGAAAGGUUGCAGGGACAAUCUGAGAGGUUGCAGGGACAAUCUGAGAGGUUGCAGGGACAAUCUGAAGGUUGCAGGGACAAUCUGAGAGGUUGCAGGGACAAUCUGGAAGGUUGCAGGGACAAUCUGGAAGGUUGCAGGGACAAUCUAAGAGGUUGCAGGGACAAUCUGGAAGGUUCCAGAGGCAAUCUGGAAGGUUGUAGGGACAAUCUGAAAGGUUGCAAGGACAAUCUGAAGGGACAAUCUGGAAGGUUGCAGGGACAAUCUGGAAGGUUCCAGAGACAAUCUGGAAGGUUGCAGGGACAAUCUGAGAGGUUGCAGGGACAAUCUGAGAGGUUGCAGGGACAAUCUGAAGGUUGCAGGGACAAUCUGAGAGGUUGCAGGGACAAUCUGGAAGGUUGCAGGGAGAAUCUGAGAUGACGUUGGAGAGCUUCAGGGAUCAACAACCAAAAUAACAAGAGGAACCGUUUUUUUAAUCGAAUUCGGUCAAACAAAACCCAACAGUGAAUAUUUCAAGAGCAGCGAUGCACUGUGGUCAACAGCUUACGAAGCAGUCCUUAAAAGAGCCGCACGAGACUUCUCAGUCGCAAGGUUUGCUGACCCCCCUGGCUUAGAAGUUGCGGUGCAGCAGGCGGCCGUCUGCUCCCCACAAAACGUAGCAACCGCAGCGGUUGCAUUCAAGGCCGAGUGGAUCUAAAGGAGGCGCGCGAACGCUGAAGAGUCCACGUGGCGCAUAGCCACGUAUCGCGCGCACGUGGAACCGUGAACAAAGACAUUGAUCCCCCCUGCGUAGCCUGCACGGACUGUUUGGGGCAAGUGCUGUUCGCGAGAACCUAUGAAUGCUGGCACGGUACACGAGGAGGUGGGUGUUUGGCACCACGCCCGGCCGCCUUUGUCUCGCCGAGGGCUGAUGUUUACACAUUGCACCAGGUACUAAUUUUCAGGCUGAGUCGACACGCACAGACAGGCACGCACAUACAACACUCCCUCCCCGACACACACGCAACACACACACACACCCCCAUACCAGCACCGUCUCUACCACACAGGGGAAACCGUUUGGUAAUCUUUGGCAAUCUUCGGGCUUCAGAGGAAUACACACACACACAGUCUCACUCACACACACACAGUCUUUUCUCAUAAAUACAUACACACAGACCCGCACACAGUCUCAUGUACGCACACGUUCACACACACACAUAU